AUGGGAAGUUUUCAACAUUCCACCAAGCACAACCGCACAAAGUGGUGGACGUACGAAGCGCACGUUCGACAAGUUCAGCCACAUUGCAGUAGAUUAAAAGCAGAGGAGUGAAGUGUGUUAGCGUCUGGAUACAAAUUGCUAUCAUCGAUGAGAAAAAAUGGAAAAUGAAGGGCAACCAAAAGAACAUAUCUUCGGAUUGAAAACGGAUCAGAGAAUGCUUAAUGAUAAUGAAACUGUCAUGUCAUAAUAACUUCUAUUCUGUGGUCUCAUGACGAUGGCUGCAACUACCAACAUUUUCAAGGACAGGGAGACCAAUAACUGGUUCAAGGCGUGCAUUGCCCUCAAUGUGACGAAGGAAGGACUGACUAACUUCGUUGAAAUGACAAUGAAAAAGGUCCACGCAGCAAUUGGUAGCAGUUGUGGGCAAUAUUAUAUUGAACAAGUAAAACUUGGUAUAAUAUCAUAUCACCGAUUCAAAGGUCCUUCAUGGAAGAACACUAAUGAACAAGGUUGGAAAUCAAACUGGUGGGAUAUAGCCAAAUGCUACCUUCCUCCACAAGGAUAUGCUUACGUGUCAUCGGUUCAGGAAUCAGACUUUAAUGCAGUGAUAAACAUAAUAUUGAACUGCACAGAUUUCGAGAAUUAUCUCUCCCCCUCCUGGCUAUCACCUCCACCGCCUGACCAGCAAUGUCCUUUAGAAAAAGUCCGUCAAAUAGGCAGAAAUGUACGCCACAGUGCCAACUGCAAGACAACAGAUGCUGAACUUCAAGACUAUUUCCAGAUUUUGACCAGGCUACUGGCAGAUCCAGUAUGUCUGGCGCAUGAUACGAGUGCCAAUAUAGCCCUCAAUAGGCUUACUGAUCUUCAGAAUGACCGCCUCCCUCUUACUGAAUUUGGCAAUCUGAUUCAAGAGUUCAAACAAGCAAUUGAACGUGUUAAAGAUGCCGCUGAGGAAGAAUUCUCUGAAAAGGCAAAGCAUACGCUUGAAAAAGGCUUUAACAAAAUUAAGGAAGCAAUGAAGGACAGUGAAGAAAUGAUUGGAAAGAAAAUGGAUGAGAAUAUUCAGACCCUAUAUGACAGGACAGAAUAUUGUAAACAACGAAUAGGAGAUCAGACUUCAAAAGCUGAACAUACAAUACAGACAAAGACAUGUGUCUCAAUAACACAAAUAGACACACUGACAAAAAGCAGUGUUCAACUUAUAGAAGACCACACUAGAGUUAACAUUGAGCGCAUGCAACUGAAAAUUGAUGACAAGGCGGAAGAAGACUACGAAAGAGGCUUAGAAGUGAUCAAAGGACGACAGGUCAUAGAGUCGGCCACAAUGGAAGGACGUGACGCUGUUAUUUCUGCCACAGAGGCUAGUGUGACGGAAAUCAAGGCUACAGUAAUCAAAGGACAGCAGGUCGUAGAGUCGGCCACAAUAAAAGGUCAUGACGCUGUUUCUUCUGCCACAGAGACUGGUGUGACGGAAGUCAAGGCUACCGUGAUCAAAGGACAAUGGGCCAUAGAGUCGGCCACAAUGGAAGGUCAUGACGCUGUUACUUCUGCCACAAAGGCUUGUGUGACGGAAGUUAAUGCUACAAUGAUAAAAGGGCAGCAGGUCGUAGAGUCGGCCACAAUGGAAGGACGUGACGCUGUUAUUUUUGCCACAGAGGCCGGUGUGACGGAAGUUAAGGCCACAGUGAUCAAAGGAGAGUGGGUCAUAGAGUCGGCUACAAUGGAAGGUCAUGACGCUGUUACUUCUGCCACAGAGGCUGGUGUGACGGAAGUCAAGGCUACAGUGAUCAAAGGACAGCGGGUAGUAGAGUCUGCCACAAUGGAAGGUCAUGACGCUGUUUCUUCUGCCACAGAGGCUGGUGUGACGGAAGUUAGGACUACAGUGAUCAAAGGACAGCAGGUCAUAGAGUCGGCCAAAAUAGAAGGAAAUGACGCUAUUACAUCUGCCACAGAGGCUGGUGUGACGGAAGUUAAGACUACAGUUAACAAGGGACAGUGGGUCAUAGAGUCGGCCACAAUGGAAGGUCAUGACGCUGUUACUUCUGCCACAGAGGCUGGUGUGACGGAAGUCAAGGCUACAGUGAUCAAAGGACAGCGGGUAGUAGAGUCUGCCACAAUGGAAGGUCACGACGCUGUUUCUUCUGCCACAGAGGCUGGUGUGACGGAAGUUAGGACUACAGUGAUCAAAGGACAGCAGGUCAUAGAGUCGGCCAAAAUAGAAGGUAAUGACGCUAUUACAUCUGCCACAGAGGCUGGUGUGACGGAAGUUAAGACUACAGUUAACAAGGGACAGUGGGUCAUAGAGUCGGCCACAAUGGAAGGUCAUGACGCUGUUACUUCUGCCACAGAGGCUGGUGUGACGGAAGUCAAGGCUACAGUGAUCAAAGGACAGCGGGUCAUAGAGUCGGCCACAAUGGAAGGACGUGACGCUGUUAUUUCUGCCACAGAGGCUAGUGUGACGGAAAUCAAGGCUACAGUAAUCAAAGGACAGCAGGUCGUAGAGUCGGCCACAAUAAAAGGUCAUGACGCUGUUUCUUCUGCCACAGAGACUGGUGUGACGGAAGUCAAGGCUACCGUGAUCAAAGGACAAUGGGCCAUAGAGUCGGCCACAAUGGAAGGUCAUGACGCUGUUACUUCUGCCACAAAGGCUUGUGUGACGGAAGUUAAUGCUACAAUGAUAAAAGGGCAGCAGGUCGUAGAGUCGGCCACAAUGGAAGGACGUGACGCUGUUAUUUUUGCCACAGAGGCCGGUGUGACGGAAGUUAAGGCCACAGUGAUCAAAGGAGAGUGGGUCAUAGAGUCGGCUACAAUGGAAGGUCAUGACGCUGUUACUUCUGCCACAGAGGCUGGUGUGACGGAAGUCAAGGCUACAGUGAUCAAAGGACAGCGGGUAGUAGAGUCUGCCACAAUGGAAGGUCAUGACGCUGUUUCUUCUGCCACAGAGGCUGGUGUGACGGAAGUUAGGACUACAGUGAUCAAAGGACAGCAGGUCAUAGAGUCGGCCAAAAUAGAAGGUAAUGACGCUAUUACAUCUGCCACAGAGGCUGGUGUGACGGAAGUUAAGACUACAGUUAACAAGGGACAGUGGGUCAUAGAGUCGGCCACAAUGGAAGGUCAUGACGCUGUUACUUCUGCCACAGAGGCUGGUGUGACGGAAGUCAAUGUUACAGUUAUCAAAGGACAGGGGGUCGUAGAGUCGGCCACAAUGGAAGGUCAUGACGCGCUUACUUCUGCCACAGAGGCUGGUGUGACGGAAGUAAAGGCUACCGUGAUCAAAGGACAGCGGGUCAUAGAGUCGGCCACGAUGGAAGGAUGUGACGCUGUUACUUCUGCCACAGAGGCUGGUGUGACCGAACUUUCGAAACAAGCAAAAACACUCCUAGCAGAUCUUACUAAAGAUAGCAUAGGCAUCAAGACACAAAAGGAGGACACAGAUUUCGAAAUGCAAUGUAACGUGUUAACAGUGUGGCAAACCUUGGUUUUGUCAGACGAGAUCAAUGAACUGCUGCUCUUGAAGCGCACUCAGCCCUUGCUCAAUCAGUUGAAGACAUCGUCAGAUACUGGACCCUGGUGCCGUUCCAUAUCAACUCUGUUAUCAUUGACUUCCCUGAAAGGAUGCACGUUGAUUAUGAAGUCAGAUAGCUGAUCAAGAUACACGACCGGUAAAACGAAGUGCGGAAAACAAUGUUAUUUGUUUACAUCGAAAUGAUUUGAACAGAAGAAACGCCAUGGUUUGAUUUGCAGUUUUUUAAUUGUCUAGACUCAAUGUUAAUCAUGUAAAUAUAUACUGAUGAGAAGAUAGGGUUUGAUUGUGCCUAUAAAUGUACUGCAGACUUUUUAAAAGGUUUUGAUUGGUAUAAUACACUCU